AUGCCUAUCCAACAUCCCGUGGUUAAAGUGGCUGCAGUCCAAGCCGAGCCCUGCUGGUUCAACAUUGAUGCAGGUGUUGAAAAGACCAUAAAGCUUAUCACUGAAUACUUACUAAAUGCAAUCACUCUUCACGGAAGCGAGCUUCUUGCGAUUCGAGAGGCUUGCCAGAAACAAAAGAUUUACAUCAAUCUUUCAUUUGCUGAACGCGUUGCUCAAGGAUCCUCUAUGUGGAUGGCAAACGUGACGAUAGAUGACCAAGGCACAAUUAUUGGACACCGAAGAAAGAUCAAGCCCACGGGAAUAGAGCGGAUGCUGUUUGGGGAUGCUACUGGAGAUACUGUGAACAAUGUUGUACAAACUCCGUUCGGAAGAGUUGGAAACUUGCAGUGUUGGGAGCACAUGCAACCUCUUCUCAAAUACCAUACCUAUUUUCAAAAUGAGCAAAUUCACUGCGCUUCAUGGCCAUGCAAGUUUCCUUAUGCCGGAUUCGAGCCAUGGUCCUUUACCAGGGAAGCCGGCAUAGCCACGACCCAAACAUAUGCCAUGGAAGGGGGCACAUUUGCUGUCAUGGCCACCAACGUCAUGUCCGAAGAAGGAGCCAGAUUGCAAGGAAUUGAUCUCGCACGAUCGUACUUCUCUGUUCCUGGGGGAGGCUGCAGUGCAGUCUUUGCACCAGAUGGCAAGAUGCUGACUGACCUUCUAGAACCCGGAGCCGAGGGUAUCGUGUAA